GCACAGUAGGUUCAGUGUGAUAAGUAUUACAGCCAAACAACAAGGGGAAUUUGAUUUUUCACUCCAGACAUUUGAGACAGUUUGGAUGCUGCGAUGGUGCUGCUGACUGACAAUGUUAACAAACUACAAGCAAGUUUCCAGUCGAUAGCUUGCUGAGCUUCACACAGCCCAGUAUGGAUAAAAGAAGGAGUCAGAGCUCAGUUCCUGCCAGAGGCAAGGAGAAACAAAAAUCUAUCUCAAGCACAGCACGAACCAACAGGCUUACUUCAACGUGUAAAGCAACUUCAGCAGAGCUUGGAGCAGUGAAAGGGCGAGUCCCACAAAGGAAUGUUUUAAGUGUGGCCUGCCCUCCUGCAUUCACCUUCAGUGGGAUUGUCGUUGCCCGGAGACUAACGAAGAAUUUAAAGGAGAGAACAGCUUUGAAACGAGCUGCAAAGGUAUCAACAGUUACGAAGAUUGUAAAUGACCAGGUGCCACCAUUUUCCUCAAACCCCCCUGAGAAAUUCUGCACCUCCCGUGUUCAAGUGUUCCUGGAGGAAUAUUUGCCUGACAAGCUUCGCGACAUAGCUUAUGGCCCUGCUCUCGCCAGUCAGCUCUCCAAAGAGAUGAGCAACGAGAUUAAGGAGUUUGCAAAGGGGAUUCUGCCGCCCAGAUACAAGCUGGUGUGCAUGGUGACACUGGGCGAGAAGAAAAAUGAGGAUGCUGUGUUGACCAGCCAGGCACUCUGGGACAGUUACGCAGACACGUUUGUGUCCCGUUGUUCCGAGAAUGGCACCAUGUUCUGUGUGGCCUGUGUCUUUGCUGUGUACUGUGAAUGAGCAACUGGGCUCAAAGGCUUAAAUUAUAAAAAGGACUACAUAGGCUCAGGUUGAGUAGGGAAGGUCGUUGGGGAUCCAACUGAUGUGCUUAAAGGUAAAUGGAGAGAGAUUUUUUCCUCUGGUGUGAGGGAAAUUCUUUAUCAACUGCUUUUUUUCCACCUGUUCAUUGCUCCCGCGCUCCCUAUAGCAUUGUCCACCUAAGAUUAUAUUGUCUGUCCAUGUUCUUUCUACUCACUUCACAAUGUGAUGCCCAGAACUACCCACAGUAGCUCCAUGUGUGAUGUAAGCAGGAUGCUAAUUCCCGGUCCCCAACACCUCAUUUUCACCAUGGACGUCCAGUCCCUAUACACCUGCAUUCCUCAUGCAGAUGGCCUCAAGGCCCUCCGUUUCUUUCUGUCCCGCAGGCCCGACCAGUCCCCCUCCACCGAAACCCUCAUCCACCUAGCCGAACUCGUCCUCACCAUCAACAACUUCUCUUUCAAUUCCUCCCACUUCCUACAGACAAAGGGGGUGGCCAUGGGUACCCGCAUGGGCCCAAGCUUUGCCUGCCUCUUUGUAGGUUAUGUGGAACAGUCCCUCUUCAGCACCUACACUGGCCC